UAACCUUCCCUCUCAGCACGUACACUAGAAGCUACAUCUUUUACAUAUAUCCAUUCUACCUGUUCCAGCUGAAAACGGCACCAAUGGGAAGAGCUCCUUGUUGUGACAAGAAUGGACUCAAGAAAGGUCCAUGGACUCCAGAGGAAGAUCUUAAGCUCACCAACUUCAUUCAGCUCCAUGGACCUGGCAACUGGAGAACCCUUCCAAAGAAUGCAGGGUUGCAAAGAUGUGGAAAGAGUUGCCGUCUUCGAUGGACCAACUAUCUGAGGCCCGAUAUCAAGAGAGGAAGAUUCUCAUUUGAAGAAGAAGAGACAAUAAUCCAAUUGCACAGCAUCUUAGGAAACAAAUGGUCAGCCAUAGCAGCUCGCUUGCCUGGAAGAACUGACAAUGAAAUCAAGAAUUACUGGAACACCCACAUCAGAAAAAGGCUGCUAAGAAUGGGGAUCGAUCCUGUGACUCAUGCUCCUCGCCUCGAUUUUCUUGACUUACAAUCAAUCAUAAGUUCAUCUUUAUGCAACCAAUCUAUUCUCAACAUGUCAAACUUUUUAGGCACUCAAGCCCUCAUGAAUCCAGAACUGUUAAAGCUAGCCACCGCUAUCUUAUCACUGAAACAACAAAACCAAGUUCCCUUUCCAAAAGAUCUUCAAGACCAACUUUGCAAUUCCUUGUUGCAAGACCAAGUCCAACCAUUACAACUCAACCAAUAUCAAGCUCCACUACAAGAAGGACUUUCAUCGGAGAUGACAAACCAACUCAUGCAAGCCAAUGUGGAAGCUUUUGGUAAUUCCCAUGAAAAUUCAAAACCUUCAAGCCUAAACGACGAUUUUGUUUGCCAGCUGCAGAACAACAUGUAUUGCAGCUCUAAUCCUACGGUUCCUGAUCUGCCGGAAAGUUCAAAUUUCCAGUCGCUAUACAACAGGACUAUUCAGAACUUCAGCUUUGAUCGGUCUGUUGUGUCGACGCCUAUAUCGAGCCCUACUCCCUUGAAUUCGUCAUCCACAUUCAUCAACAGCAGCACUGAAGAUGAAAGAGACAGCUACUGCAGCAACUUGUUAAAGUUUGAAAUUCCAGAGAGUUUUGACAUGGAUGGAUUCAUGUAAUCAAUAUAGCCAGAUAUAUUAUAAAUAAAUAUAUAUGAGUGAUGUAUUUUAUGUUUGUUUUGGUUUACAUGUUGUCGAUGUUGAUAAUGAAAUUCAUUGGUUUUUUCUCA